GUUUACAUCUUUCGCAAAGCAUUCGCACAGAGACAAGUUUUCCGUUGAUUUCGUUAAGCAAAAUUGCAUAUAUAACAAGUAAAUAACAAAAAUUAAAGCAAACACAAACGUGCAUCGUAAAAUACAAAGUGCUGGGCAUCAUUGUAAAUAAGUUGCAGUUGCAAAACAAGCCGCGCAAGUGCCAAACUCACGUGAUGAAAAUACGAUUGAAAACCUAUCCAUAAAAGUGGGAGGGGAAUGAAUUUUUCUAAUUGGAUUUUUGCAAGAAGGGAACGAAUUUUUCUGUUCAUUUCUAUGUGCAUUUCAUAAUAAUAAAAUAUGCUGCGUGCCAACUGCACACAAAAUGCCAAAUGGCCGCAAAUAGUGCCAAAACAGUGCACAACAACAAUAUUUAAUCGCGCUGCGGCAAGCGAGCAGAGCGCGAGGCCGACUCCGAGUCCUACACAAUAAAUGCGCAAUACAAAGCAAAUUAGUUGCCGCCGUCUGCAGUCGACGUCGACGUUGUCGUCGUUGUUGUUGCUGGCGUCCUUCCUUAAAUAGUUCUUGUUUGUCGUCGCCGUCGUCGUCGUCAACAAGGAGCACCAAUACAUAAGCAAAAGCUCCACACAGACUUUGAGCCAGCGCACUUCCGUGUGUGUGUGUGCCUGCGUGUGUGCUUAUGCGUGCGUAUGCAUGUGCGUAUGCGUAUGCGUGUGUGUGUUUCUGUGUAUGUGCGCGAAAAACAAAAGAAAAGCGAAAACAAUAACAAGAACAAAAGCAGCCCCAAAAACCAAAUUCAAAUUCAAAAUGUGGCCGCAAUUGCUUUGCAUCCUGGCGUUGCUCAAUUUCGGCUGCGCUUCGCCAAUUGAAAUUGUCAUAAAUACCACAAAUGAAGCUGCACCAAAAGCUGCACACAAAUUGCAGCAAGCCGCAACAACAACAGCAAAAACAAUAGCAGCAACAACAACAAAUGAAACAGCUGGCGAUUAUCUAACUAAAUCGUCGCCGCCAUACGCUGAUAACAGCAGCCAUGGCAACAACAAUACGACUAAUAAUAACAGCAACAACAACAGUAACAACAACAACAGCAGCAACAACAAUAACAGUGCUGUCAAUAUUCAAUUGUCCGCAACUGGCGCUGGCUCAUCUGCAGUAGGCGUCUCUGCUGCCGCCGCCGUCGCAGCUGCCACUCAGCUGCAAGUGUCGUUGCCCACUUACGCGCCACUGCAGAAUAAGAAGCACGAAAAAAAGAUCAAAUGCCAUUGCGAUAUCUGCAAGGAUUCGAAUCACAUAUGCGAGACGGAUGGCUAUUGUUUCACCUCUGUGGAGAAGGACACCGACAACAAGAUAAUCUUCAGUUUCCGCUGCCUCAACAUGUCGCAGAGCUUCCCGCCGGGCCGCUUCAUUUGGUGCAACGAGGGUCGCCAUGGUGGGCCAACAGCCCGUCCAGCCGCCCGUCGCGGCGGGCAUGCGUGUUGCAACGAUCGUGACUAUUGCAAUCGUCAGCUGCGACCCGUUAUCAAGUACUAUGCCCUCAACACGGCUGGCCAAGAGUCCUCGUCCUCGUCAUCAUCCUUGUCGUCGUCGUCCUCGCCCGCGGUUAUCUACGAAGAUUUCCUGCCCAAUAAGACGCUAAGUAGCUGGGAACUGGUCGCCUUCAUUGUGGGCUCCACGCUAAUCAUCUGUGUGUCGGGUACGGUGGCCUGGUAUUAUUGUCAGCGCCGCAAGCGUUUGGCUAAUGGUCGACCCUUUGCCAAGGAGGACUCUGUCUACGAUCCCAUCCUGAAUGGCAACACGACGCUGCAUGACAUCAUUGAAAUGACCACAUCCGGCUCUGGAUCAGCUGGUCUGCCACUGUUAGUGCAACGUUCGAUUGCACGCCAAGUGCAGCUGUGCCACGUAAUUGGCAAGGGACGCUUUGGUGAGGUGUGGCGCGGUCGCUGGCGUGGCGAGAAUGUGGCCGUCAAGAUCUUUUCGAGCCGGGAGGAGUGCUCCUGGUUUCGCGAGGCCGAAAUCUACCAGACAGUCAUGUUGCGUCACGAGAACAUAUUGGGCUUUAUAGCGGCCGACAACAAGGAUAAUGGCACCUGGACGCAGCUGUGGCUCGUCACUGACUACCACGAGAACGGAUCGUUGUUUGACUAUUUGACCACGCACACUGUGGACACGAACACAAUGCUAAAUAUGGCGCUGAGCAUUGCCACUGGAUUGGCGCAUCUGCAUAUGGACAUUGUUGGCACACGCGGCAAGCCCGCGAUUGCACAUCGCGAUCUCAAGUCAAAGAACAUACUGGUCAAGUCGAAUUUGAGCUGUGCCAUUGGCGAUCUGGGUCUGGCGGUGCGGCAUGUGGAGAAGGAUGACUCCGUGGACAUACCGUCCACACAUCGCGUGGGCACCAAACGCUAUAUGGCGCCCGAGGUGCUCGACGAGAGCAUGAAUGCCCAGCACUUUGAUUCGUACAAGCGGGCGGAUGUGUAUGCCUUCGGCUUGAUACUCUGGGAGAUAGCACGUCGCUGCAACAUGGGCAUGAUCUUUGAGGAAUAUCAAUUGCCCUACUGGGAUGCUGUGCAGCCCGAUCCCAGCAUUGAGGAGAUGAAAAAGGUGGUGUGCAUUGAGAAGAGCCGGCCGAACAUACCAAAUCGCUGGCACGCCUCCGAUGUGCUGCACAACAUGUCCAAGGUGAUGAAGGAGUGCUGGUAUCCAAAUCCAGUGGCGCGCCUCACCGCGCUGCGCAUCAAAAAGACGCUAGCCAGCAUACGUGUCGAGGAUAAGGUCAAGAACUGAUUGUGGCUCUAGUGCGUGGCCCCAAAAUUGGAGUGCGUGUGUGUGUGUGUGUGUGCGUCGCACCUAUGUAACCUGUAACCUGUAACCUGGCCCCGUGUUACCUUCAAGCAAGCGACAAAGCAGCAAAAACAAAAAUUCAAAACUAAGCUAAAUCCAAUUAACAAAAAAACAAACAAACAAAUACUUUGUAUAUAUAUACUUAGGCCAAACACAUACCAAACGCCUCACAGCUUGUCCGCCCCCUCGUUGCCUCAGCUCCCCGCCCCAUACAUGCUUGAACUGUGCUCGUUUUUAAAUAUGUUUUGCCCCAAUAUAUGCUUUUGUACAUACAUCUUUCGUUGACACAUUCGGCUGAGAUUCGUAAGGCGUUAAGCAUUGCGGCGCGCCACAAAAUCGAUGCACUGCCAAAUUGUGCUAAAAAAAAACCCAAAAAAAAAAGAAAACUAAAAUAAAACUUAAUCUAAUAAGGGCCUAAACACAUAAUACAAAACAUACAUAGGUAUAUUUUUUAUAACCACUGUUCACAAAAAUAUUGAAAGUAAAACAAACUAUAAAUACAAACAGUUAAAAGACUUUGCCAAGACUGAGCAGCAGUGAGAACAGCAACACACAUUAACAAAAUACAAGAAAUAAAUAAGGAAUACCCAUAACAAGUUACAAAUUCCACAAGGCAGGCAACUUUAGGGCUGCGAUUAUAUCAAUUAUAAUCAUAUAUAUAUAUAUAUAUAUAUAGAUAUAUAUACCAUAGCAAUAUACAAAUUUAGAAAUUCGUUUAUUGACAAUGAAGAAAUGAAUUCAACAUUUUUUAGGCGUUUAUCGUUGACAAAAUAAACUCAGGAACUCACGAAUUACAACAAAACAAAUUUGAGAAGCAAAACGAAAAUAAGAAUUAAAUAAACAUAUAUAUAUAUAUAUAUAUACAUAUGGCGCGCCGCCUGCUGCAUGCCACGCCAAACCCCACGCCCCUGCCUACCCCCCGCCCCCUCACAACCCACUCCUAUGCUGUUGCUGCUGUGUGUGCGUCUCCUAAGCUAACUAUAC